AGCCCACGCAUUUGCGCACACACACUUAUUGUAUUCACUCACAUAGACACACACACACACACACACGCACACACUGUACACGCUUUAUACGCACACAACCACUGACACACAUAUCUCUGCACUGAAGAUGUUCUGGCGCACACACACUCAGAGACAUACUCUUGAGAGACAGCACAGCGUUCAUGUGGACACAAGGGUGCAGCUCGGCGAGCGUAUGUGUGCCGAUCCCUCCAGAGGAGCCCGUCACGCCGUCACACUGAGGAUGCGUCUAGGAGCAUGAGCGCCAUCGGGAAGGAGCAUGACAUGGUGUGUGAGAAGGCGGUGGCCCUCAUAACUGACCUCUGCAUGCGCGAGAGCCCCCUGUUAGAGCACAAGACCUGCGAGGAGUUUCUCUUCCUCAUUACCAACCAGGACUACAGCCUCAACCAACCCGACGUCACUGUUGGCAUCCCCAUUGGCGUGCUAGUGGCGUGCAGUUUGGCAUUGUUGCUACUGGUGGCGUUAGCUUCCUGGAAACUGUGCUGGAUACCUUGGCGCGAUAAGGCCGUGACGUCCUCCAGUUCCGUCGCCCUAACCACGGACAGCUACCCGUCCCUUCAGCCGCUGUCACGUGCACCCAGUCCCCAGCAGCCCCUGGUUGGCAUGGCCAUGGAGAAAGUGAAGGAGUCGCUGACACCCAUGGGCUUCCUGGAGGCAGCUGUGAAGAUCAGCCACACGUCACCUGACAUUCCAGCAGACGUGCAGCUCUCCAUGAAGGAACACUUCCUGAGGCGCACACAACGCAUGCAGAGACAGACCACAGAACCAGCCUCAUCCACCAGGCACAGCUCUUUCAAACGUCACCUGCCCCGGCAGAUGCAGGUGGGAAGCCUGGAUCUGGGAGACGACUAUGUGGAUAUGGACGAGCAGCCCACAAGCAUCGGGCGCAUCAAGCCAGAGCUCUACAAGCAGAGUAUGCUCGAGACCGAAGAGUCAGCCAAGAAAGGUAGCGCCAAGACCUGUGGUAAGAUCAACUUCUCACUGCGCUAUGACUACGAAAACGAGACACUGCUGGUCCACGUCCUCAAAGCCUUUGACCUGCCGGCUAAAGACCUCUGCGGCAGUUCAGACCCCUACGUCAAGAUCUACCUGCUGCCUGACCGUAAGAAGUUCCAGACGCGCGUCCACCGCAAGACGCUCAACCCUACGUUUGAUGAAAUCUUCCAGUUCCCAGUGCCCUACGAUGAGCUGCACGCCAGGAAGCUCCACCUCAGCGUGUUUGACUUUGACCGCUUCUCCCGGCACGACAUGAUCGGUGAAGUCGAAGUGGAGAACCUGUUCGAGGUGUCAGAUCUCUCCCGGGAGACUUCCAUCUGGAAGGACAUCCAGUACUCCAGCACUGAGAGCGUGGACCUUGGGGAGAUCAUGUUCUCGCUAUGCUACCUGCCUACAGCUGGAAGACUUACACUCACUGUUAUCAAGUGCAGGAACCUCAAGGCCAUGGACAUCACAGGAUAUUCAGAUCCCUAUGUCAAAGUGUCUCUCAUUUGUGAUGGGAAGCGUUUGAAAAAGAAGAAGACCACCAUCAAAAAGAAUACACUCAACCCCACCUACAAUGAAGCCAUCAUUUUCGACAUCCCCCCAGAGAACAUGGACCAAGUCAGCCUGCACAUCUCCGUCAUGGACUACGAUCUGGUGGGUCAUAAUGAGAUCAUUGGCGUGAACCGUGUUGGGUGUGGAGCGGAGGGCCUCGGCCGAGACCACUGGAAUGAGAUGCUGGCAUACCCGCGCAAACCUAUUGCACAUUGGCACCCCUUGCUGGAGCCCAAGAAAUCAGAAAAAGAGUGGAAAACCAGGACGGCUAGUUUUGACAGUCAGGGCUCAUGCCCUUCCCCCAAAGCACCCGCCAGCCCUUGAAUGGAACCACAUGUGACCCAGAAGGCCUGGCUCCCUUUCCUGCUGUCUGUCUGUGUGCCCGAGGAUAAAAAAAAAAGCAACAAAAACAAAACCAGAACAUAAAAAUCCCUGCCAUCUCCAGGUCUCCUCGGUUUCUCCAGGGCUUCUAAGCACCAAUUUCUGCAGUAUUUGUCUAAAAUCUCUGGAGUCCGAACCCUGUUUUGCAGUCAGUUCUUGGAGGCCUUGUGCACAAAUCUUUAAUGAAACGCGACACCUUUUUGGUACAGCAGAAGAAUUAUUUUCCUACCUUCAAAAGGUGGAUGAAAUCUGACCAUAACGUUAUCAGAAGAAUCACUUCAAGAGAUGUGAUCCUUGCAAGAUGAUCACAUUACUCAGCGCUCAUUGCUUGAAAAAAGGAUGAGCUUAUCUCCGAGAGCAGAGUGUCUGAGCAGUUAAAGGAAGGAUAAUUCAAGCCAAAAUGGAAAAAGGACUCAAUCUAGGGCAGUGAGAACUGAUAUCAGUAGAGGAGGAAAAUGAAUUGUCAGCUGUUAUACAAGAAUAAACCUCUCCAGAUUCUUUUGGGAAGGAAAAUCAGACUUAACACUGAUGUUCUUGUGACUUUUACAAUAGCCGCCCUGAGCUUUAUUGAUGUCGUAAAAAAGAAUUGUGUUCGUUAUGUCAUUUAAAAAAGAGCCGUUUGCCAAUUUCAGAAGAGCACAAUGAUCUCAAGUGCUUUCCUUACUGUCUAAAGACCUCCAAAUAGAGAUAUUUUAAGGUUGGCUUGGUGUUAUUGGUGGAUGAUAGAAUAGAAAACUACACAUUUAACUCUGUUAAAUUAAUACAUUUAUUUAACAAAUGUUAGUACUCAUGUUCUCAGUAGUCUCUCUGUAGUUUUUGAACUCCAUUUGAACUUUCUGCUAAAGACGUAGUUUUAUAGUUGAAGCUCAUGUUAAUCUGUUUUUGCUGUCAAUUAAUCAACAGUUGUGUUCAACAAUCGGUCAUUAGUUUGUUUGAUAUGCAGUACUGGAUACAGAUUUUAUACAGAAAUAUAAAGGGCACACAGUGAAACUUAUACGGUUAACAAAGUAAACUUUUCUUAAGCUUGACCCAAUAGGAGCACAAAAUGAAGCACCGUAUAAGUGUGUACAGUUACUGUACAGUAAUACGAUUAACAUGUGGAGUAACAAAAAUAUCUAAAAAAAAAUCAUUCAUCUGAGGAAGAUCUAAAUGACAAACUAUUAAAUCAGGACUUAAUUAUGAAUCAAGUAUGAAUUAGGAAAUUUGAAGCCUGAGUGUUAUGAAUUACACAAAUAACACUUAUGAUAAAACUUUAGAGGCCAUUUAGACUCCUCAGAAGGCACUGUGCACUCCAGCAGUUUACCAACAAGUGCUCUACAUAUGAGGGAUUUAUUCAUUAUUGCUAUAAUAACUUGGCUGUUGACUGUAUUUGUCAUGCUUAACAAACAGGUCCAUUUUUUAUACUGCUGAGUCCCUUUUGUGAUUCCUUCCUUGGUAAAAAUGCAGAGCACUGCAGUUUCUAAGCACUCAGCCAAUGGAGAAGAAAAAAAGAGCUCACAGUGAAAAAGAUGCAUGCAGGCAAAGGCAAAUUGAAAUACUUUUGCUAUGAAGGUGAGCUGCAUUUCUUCUCCAUCACACACUCUACCUAGCACACUACACUUAACACAGCUAAUUCAUUUUACAGCUGUUAUAUCAUGCUCUAGGUGUGAUUAAAACCAUGGAGUGGAUGUAUGAUGGAAAUGUCAUAUCUGAUAAGAGCACAGAGUGAUAAAAAAUAAAAAUAGGACUUUAAAAAAAUGUAAUACAGAAUCAUCUAAAGGGGGCACAAAUGGUUCUAAUGGUUGAAUUAUUUACAAUUUAGCAUUUUGUACAUUGUCCCAUCAAGUAAUUUUUCAAAAUCAUUCUACCUAAAAACCUAAACAAACUUAUAUUUGUCCUUGUUAUUUGAUGUUUUCACAUUUUAAUGCCAUAACUGAUAUUCUUGUUUUGACUGUAAUAUAAUAUAUUUUAAUGCUAUUUGUGUGGCAGUCUGGGAAAAGCCGCCAGAUGUUGCUGCAGCUGAAUUCUGGUGAAAAGCCAAAAACAGACCUGCUGACCUUCACACAUUUUGCCCUAGGACCUUCGCAUUUUAACAUCAGAGUACACUGCUAUGAGUUAUCACUCAAAAAUACCCCAAAAUCUCUCCAGUAAAAACAGGAGAUGAGCCAGUCAACACGAAUGAUUGACAGUUGCAUAUAUGUCUUGAACCUUCCAAUAUUAAUUGACCUUCCGGAAGCCCCGCCCCCUUCCCGCCUUCUCAUAUUAAUAGGAAGUCUCUCAUCUAAUCUCUCCUAUUAUUUUUCUUUUAUUUUCAUGCGCCCUCACUUUCAGGCAAGGUAAAUGGUUUUUUUUUUUUGAGUUCUUUAAUGUGAAAUAAAAUCUAUCAAUUGUAUGUUUGACUUUGACUUAGCGUUAGACAUCUACAUUUACAGUGGAUAUAAAAAGUCUACAAACCCCUGUUAAAAUGGCAGGUUUUUGUGAUGUAAAAAAAUGAAACCAAGAUAAAUCAUGUCAGAGCUUUUUCCACCCUCAAUGUGAAACUACAACAUAUAAAAAAUUAAUGAAAAACAAUCAGAAACAUUUUAGGAAAAAUAAAAAACUUACAACAACCUGGUUGCUUAAGUGCACAUACCAUUAUUCUUAUUAACCCCAAAUAAAGACCAGCUGUUUCUGUAGGAUUUUUUUCACAUCAUGGUUUCAUCUGACUUCUGAAGCCAUGGUCUGCAAAGAGCUUACAAAGCCUGUACAGGGUCUCACUGUUGAAAGGUAUUGAUCAGGAUUAGAUGUACCAUGGAACACCAUGAAGGCCAUCAUCAACAAGUGGAGAAAAUGGAGCACCACAGUAACAUCACCAAAAACAGGAUGUCCCUCCAAAAUUUAUAAAAGAACAAGAAAAAAACUUACCAGGGAGGCUGCCAAGAGCCCUACAGCAACAUUAAAGGGGCUGCAGGAAUAUCUGACAAGUAUUGAUUACUUUCUGCAUGUGACAACAAUCUCUCAUCUUCUUCACAUGUCUGGGCUAUGGGGUAGGGUGGCUAGAUGGAAGCCCUUUCUCACAAAAAUACAUCCAAGCUCAACUAAAUCACCCCAAACUAUAUAGCAAAAUGUUUUAUGGUCUGAUGAUCAAUUCCAAAUGGUAUGUUUGGUGCAAAAAAAAAAAGCACAUCACCAAAAGUACACCAUAGCCAUGGUGAAGCAUGGUGGUGGCAGCAUCAUGCUUCAGGGCUGCUUUUCUUCAGCCAGAACUGAAGCUUUUAUCAAGAUCAUGAAUCAUGAAUAGCUACAAAUACCAGUCAGUUUUUUAGUGCAAAACCUUCAGGUGUCUGCUAGUAAGCUAAAGAUGAAAAGGAAUUUCCCCUUUUAGCACAACAAUGACACAAAGCAUGCAUCCAAAUCAACAAAGGAAUGGCUCACUGUUUUUGAACGACCUAGCCAGAACGCAGACCUGAAUCCAGCUAAAAAGCUGUGGUUUAGCCUGAAGCGGGCGGUGCUCAGGAGAUACCCUUACAAUUUGAUGGAUCUAGAAUGUUUUUGCAAGAAAGAGUGAGAAAAUAUGGCCAAGUCAAGAUGUGCCACACUGAGAGACUCUUACUCAAAAAGACUGAGUGGUGUAAUAUAAUCAAAAGGUCCUUCAACAAUGUAUUAGUUUAGGGGUGUGCACACUUAUGCACCCAGGUUAUUGUAAGUUUUUUAUUUUUCCUAUUUUUCCCUAAAUGGUUUCUGAUUGUUUUUCAAUUCAUUUUUAUACGUUGUUAUUUCACACUGAGAGUGGAAAAAGAUCUGAUGUGAUUUAUCCUGGUUUCUUUUUUUACAUCACAAAAACCUGCCAUUUUAACAGGGGUGUGUAUACUUAUAUCCACGGUAUUAUGGAUGCCACAGAAAAAAUGUAGCAGAAAAUAGUCAAAAAUUACACUUUUUUGGACAAAAGUGACAUUUUUCAGGGAAAGACUACAUACACAUAUAAUGAAGUGCCAAAUCUAGUACUUUACAAAUAAUUUAAAUGUAACGAUAUUUAGAAAGUGAUUUAAAAAACCUGCAUCAGCGGGAUCAGCUCUAUGCGCCUAGUGGUUACCGUAAAACCCUGUAUAUAUACACACUACAGUUUGUACCUUAGACAAUUGAUUUGUGAAAAACUAUUUUGAAGUUGUAAUGUGUUUUUAACCUCCCAUCCCCGCCCCCAACUCCUGCAAACACAUUACUGCUCUUCAGGGUUGGCAGGUCUGCGAAAAAGAAAAGUUUUUUUUUUUUUGGGGCAAAAUGUGCAUAUAUUGAAUAUGCCAAUUUUGAGAGUUUUUACUCUAUAUUAGAAAAUGUCAAAGUUUUACCAUCAAAGGGUUUUCCCAGGCCACCACAUGUUUAUGUUCUACACCAUAAUGUAGAGUCACAUUGAGUUCAGUGCUCCAUGUGUGGACACAAGUUACUCUAGACAUUCUUAUCUGCUUUAAAACCUAAAGCAACUUUGACAUUAGAGUGGAGAACACAUGGGAACAGCACUAGAUUAGAUUAGACACUUCCUUUUGGAUAUCAUCCUGCAGACAUCCCAGUGCUGUGGUGUGUUUUAAAUCAGGACUCACUCAAGGAGGAUUACAGUGGACUUAACAUCUGCAAAAGAGCUACAAGUAAUAAAUCCGCAUGGACUGAACUCCCUAAAAAUAAUGAACAUUACUCUAGUUCCCAGAUUUUUCAUUGCAAUCCCUGAAAACUAGAAAGUAGAUACUACAUAGAAGAAGAAAACUCCUCCAUCAGCCAUCAUACAUUACAGCUGUUGAGGUUUACAUGUUUCUAUGUAAAGAAAUAGAUCUAAUAUUUUGGUGAAUAACUGCAGGUAACCGUUUGAUGACUUGACAACUUGAUGUACUGUUUUGAUUCCUACCUGUACCAACCAUGUUUAUGAUGUCCUCAGGCCCCGGCACUAUAGACACAAUCUGUUGCUGUUGUAGGUGGAAUCUGUGAAAUGGGUACAAAUUACUUUAUGGUCUGUGCAGUUUAUGAACCUCUUUUUCUCUUCUUUGUGAAUUUAACAACUUUCCAAUUUUAUAUUGCUAAUUUGUACUUGUAAGAAAACUGUUGAACAACUGUUCUUGUAUUUCAAACAAGCAAAAAUAAAGUUGUCGGAUGAGUCGUUUCA